GAAGAGUGGGGAGUGAUCACACGGAGCUGGUAAAAAAAAACAUAUUUAUCACCACUGCUUGUCAUUAUAGUUUGUGUAUUCUAUUUAUUUCCAUUUAAGACAACUGUAUAAGCCUUUUUUGGUAUUUUAAAACUCAGGACUUCCGCGUAGCUCUCUGUGGUCGACAUCGUUUCAAUAACAUGUAAUUUAACGCUUUACCUAGCUAGGGGUGUAUUCAUUAGUCGUACUCCGUUGCAAAACGUUUUGUCUGUUACAAAACGUUGGCAACGGAAACCGUUUAUCGUCUACUCUAGGAACCAAACCAGCGUGACUUUUAUAAUGAGUUGAAUUGAGAAAUAACUGCUCAACAUUGUUCAAAUUAUGUGUUUUUGGUCCCACCAAUGUGUCCAAAACACAAUUUGUUGAUGGUUAUAGCAAGGCAGGUACAUUUCCAAAGUUUUUCAUGAGCCAGUUCAAAUCCUGGGUCUGACUUGGGAACAAUAGUUGGAAUGUGAGUUGGCACCCGCAGUAUCGACAUCCUAUAUCCCAGCUGCUCCAUGGGCCCCACGCCCUCUGCUCUGACCUCUCCACUCCAAACUGUGUAUAGUCAUUGUAGAUCUCCUGUUCCAUGCUUCAUAAAGCCUAAGCCUACAGAAUGGAGGAAAGACACAAAAGGAUUCUCCAACGCAAUAGGGUCAAUCUCGUGAGAGACCUGAACCCGUCACAUAUGUAUCAUGGACUUCUGUCAAAAGGAAUCUUUACUCAAGACAUGAUUGACGAGAUAAAGAGCUCAGGGAUCAGACAAGAUCAGGCCAGGCAGUUGGUUCGAGACCUGGAGUCCCGCGGGAGUCUGGCGUUCCCAGCUUUAAUAGAGUGUCUUCAUGAGACAGGGCAGCAUAGUUUAGCAGAGCUCCUACUGGAUGGAGAACCACAGAACCAGCCUCUACCUCAGCCUGUCCAUGUCCGGCCAGUCGUUAGGCCUUUACCAGUUUCCCCUGAAAGGGAGUUUGGAAAUCCCAGGGCAACAGGAAGAGUUAGACGUGACAGUAUUCAGAGUUAUAAGAUGGAUGCCAACCCCUGUGGACACUGCCUGAUCAUAAACAAUGUCGAUUUUGAGCCUAAGUCGGAGCUGAGUAAGCGCACAGGGUCCAACAUAGACUGUGAAAAACUGGAAAGAAUAUUCAAAUCUCUGAACUUUAUUGUUCUUGUCAAAAGAAACCUGAAACAAAAGCAAAUAAAGCAGGAGCUUUCGGCUUUGUCCAAGAAGGAUCAUUCACAGUAUGACUGCUGUGUGGUGAUCAUGUUAUCACAUGGGACGGAGGUGUGUAACAAUCGCUUCCCCGGUGCAGUGCAUGGAGUGGAUGGGCCCAAUGUCCCAGUUCAGCACAUUACAAACUACCUGAACGGUCAGAACUGUCUUUUCCUACAGGGCAAGCCAAAGAUCUUCUUCAUCCAGGCCUGUGGGGGAGGUGAGAGAGACACAGGCUUUGAGGUGUCUCCUGACGAGGCGAGGCCUUGUAUUGGAGGAACAGGUGACCAGACAGACGCAAUGCCCAUGUCCUCCAGCAGUGACUCUCUGAGCACUCAGUCUGAUGAGCCAGAUGCAAAGGCCACACUACCCACACCCAGCGACAUACUGGUGUCCUACUCCACCUUCCCAGGUUACGUCUCCUGGAGAGAUACCCAGGCUGGCUCCUGGUAUGUAGAGACACUGGAUAACAUCUUAGAAGAGAAUGCUACCACCGAUGACCUGGUCACCAUGUUAAUGAUGGUAAACCAUGCAGUUUCAGAAAACACGGCCUACAAACAGAUGCCUGGUUCCUUUAACUUUCUACGCAAACUUCUCUACUUCCAAGCCCUGCCCUGCCAGAGACCAAUCCUAUCAUGACAGCACAGAGUUUCACUCUCAGGAAAUUGUCUCUUUGUGUGCCCUUUUAAAACAAUUAGAAUUUUCUCUAUCAAUGUUUAUUUGGAUAUGUGAUCAAAGAGUACCAAGAUUGUAAUUUUGUUGACAUUUUCCAAUGUUCUUUCUUUUCUUGUUUUUACACUCAGCAUUUUUGAGAAUGCAAAAUCGUUGUGAAAAUCAAAAAAAUUGCAGCGGGAAAAAACAAUGGUUUACCUUGAGAAGCUCUCUGCGAAAUAUGAAUCAGGACGGUUGAUGACCUUACUAUUAACCAGAAAAUAAAUUGUAUAUAAUAUGUCAUUUCCAUGUUGAGUGAAUUAGUUUCAGGUGAAUAUUUAGUGAAGUGCUGUGCUGUACUUUAGGGUAAUGAUGUGAUGUCCUAAAUUAAUUGUUUAAUUGUGUUCUGGUCAUAUUUCUACACAGUUUUUAAAAUUAUUUUAAUUUUAUUUUAAGGUUUAAAGGUUACCGUUGCAAUGUUUCUUUGGUAUGGUGGGGUGCCUGUGAGUCAUUGUGGCUUUCAAUUAAAGUAAGCAGGAUUCAGGAGUUUGAUAAUUAUAAAGUAAAUUGAUAUGUUUCGACAUGCAAAGGGAAAUUCCUGAAAGAGAUACUAAAUUCUAAAAUCCACGUCUGGGUCCCUCAAUUCCCCCUUCCAAGGGUUGGAAUCCAUUUAUAUAAUAAGUGUUUCAUAUUUUUGGGCUGAUCCUUUUGAUGUAUAUCAUAGAUGUCUGACCACAGCUGUGCUCUGCAGUACAAUUCCAAUUGACUUGGUCCAAAAGCAAGCCAGCUCCAGGGACAACUUGAAGACCAAUCUGUAAUGGUGAAUGAUUUUUAUUUAUAUUCCAAAUCACACCAUUGUGGUUUCUGAGGCCUGCAACACAAAUAAUCCUUUGCCAUUCUUGAAUCCAAGAGAAGCAGAGGAGCCAGCUCUAAACAGAACAGAUCACAAUUUACAGAUGUACAAUGCUGUCAUCAAGACAAAGCGUGGCUACUUUGAAGAAUAAAUAUAUUUGGAUUUGUUAACACUUUUUUGGUUACUAUAUGAUUCCAUAUGUGUUAUUUAUUAUUAUGUUUGUGUUAAUGUCAUGGGAUGUACAAUGCAACUUACUACAGAUUUGGCAUCUGGAUUAAAUAAAACUUUUGUUCCACA